AGAUCCGACACCUUUGAGGGCGGUCUCCGGGUUGAAGAAGAAGAAGGCGAAGGCCGCUACCAAAAAGAAGGAGAGGGCUGUUGAUCAAGGAAAGCCAGUGGACAUGCCCGAGGGGUACAGUUGGUUGAACACCGAGGCCCUCGAGAUUAAGUCGAAAGCCGAUAAGGCAGAUCUGUAUGUUACUCAGCUGCACGUGGGGCCCUCGGCCGAAGUGGUGGAGCCAGGUCCUGACGACGUGUUGUCCAGGGCGCCCGAGGGGUGUAUCGCCGUCCACAUCCUCUCGGUUUCUAUGGGACUUAGGUUCCCUCUGCACCCGUUCCUUCGGGAGUACCUGAGGUUUGUUGGUUUGGUCCCCUGCCAGCUUACGCCCAACAGCCACUCCUACAUCGCGGGGUUCCUCCAGCUCUGCAAGUCCCGAGGGGUGAAGCCCAGCCUGGAUCUAUUCUUCCAGAGCUUUAACCUGUGCCGAGGGGGGCACGAAAACGGCGAGGGAUACGCGAAUUUGCAGCAGAUCGCCCGUUUCAAACUAUUCUCCGACUCCCCUUCUUCAAACAAAGGGUGGAGGGAACGUUGGUGUUAUGUGAAGCUGGACAAGAACCCAUUCCCGAGGGAACUGCGUGAUCGAUUCCGAAGGCACGAAAAGAUCAGGAGUGCUGCCCUCGAGAAAGACGGUCUAAAGCUCGCCAAGUUCCCGGAAGGGAAGAAUAAGAAUGUGGCGAUCAAAGAUUGCACCCUUGAGGAAGACUUAUACACCCUCGGGUUCCGAAGGUACCGCUUCAUAGGGGAGACCGACGAAAAGUAUCCUCUCUUCAACAAGGCCUUCGGAGGAGCCGGAGGUAGGAGUUGAGGGCUUUAGAUUUUUGUACUUAGUCCUUUUUUGUUUUGCUUGGAUGUCAUUGUCCCUUCGCUGUAGACCCGUCGGCCUAAUCCUUUGUCGUAUUUUUGCAGGUAUCCCCGUGUCAAUGGUGAACGUGAAGGGCCUUGCGCGGCUGAAGAACAAGGACCCGAAGGGGUCGGGACAGGGCAACCAGAAGCCCAUCGCUACCCUCUUCAAAAAAUCCGAGGGCGAUGCCGCUGUCAGCAAAAGGAAGGCGGCGGCCAAGGGGUCCCCCCCGGCUACCAAAAAGCCGAAGAAGGGGGAUAUCACCGAUAAGGAGCCCCCGGUCGUGAUUGUUGAUGAGCACCCCGCCUCUGGGGUGCAUGUGGAGAAGCCAUCGGAUGGAACGCCGGCGGGGGCAGAGGAGUUGCUGCCUGAGGUCCUCCAUGUUUCUCUUCCGAGGGGUACAUCUCUGGCCAGCGGCGCUGUUGACCCGGGGGCCAUCUUGAGGGGCAUAACCCCUGAGACGGAUAGGGCUGCCCUCGGGGCUUAUAAUGAUGCGGCCCUCGAGGACCACAUUAUCCGCUCCUCCCUCUCUGCUUGUCUGGCCCUCGGCGAACAGGCCCGGAGGCUUCAAGAAUGGCGCCUCCAUAAAGCGGAGCAGGACACCAAAAUGAAGGAGUGUAUUCUCAAAAACAAAGAGGCGGUGAAGCUGGGGGCCAGGCUAGAAGAGGAGCUUCGGCAAAUGAAGCUAAAAUUGGAGGCUGCAGAAAGGAACAAGGCUGAUGCUGAGGCCGCUGCUGAGGAGGCCAGGAGAGCUGCUAAAGAGGCCGAGGAUUCCAAGGCGCUAGCCGUCGCCAAAGCUCAGGAGGAGGUCGUUGAUGCUUUCGUCGCUGAGGGUUGGAGAGCCGAGGGACGCAAGGUGUGGGUUUCCUCGGUUAUGGAGGCACGCGUUGAUGAAUGGGCCGAGGGACCUGGGUGGGAAUGGAUGGCCAGGAAGGGCAGAGAAUAUUAUGAGGCCGGCGAAUUCUUCACCCAGGCCCUCAUCUAUCGAAGGAUGGCCCGGCACCUGAGCAUUGAGCCAAAGGAUUUCUCCCCCUCGGCAUAUGGCCUUCCUCCCCUGCAGCCUGAUGUCCGUGAAUCCCUUCCCGAAGGUGUACAACGGCCCGAUCUUGAGGACACAGAGCUGAAGAAGGAGGCCGAGGACGACGUUGUUGAGGCCGGAGCGGAGGUAUCGUCGAGGCCGGCUGCAGAGGACGCCCCGGGGAAUGAUGCUGUUGAGGUUGUUGAAUGAUUUUGUACUUAGAAAUUUAUGAACAAACUUUUGUAAUGAACACCAUUGAUCCUUCGGCUUCAGCCUGUUUGUAACUUUGCACUUACUUCGGUUCUUGGUGAAUGCAUGCUGCCCCCGGGCUUUUCACAUUUGAAUGCGCCUUCUGUUUGAAUGUAUGCUUUCUC